AUGUUUGAAAUUGAAUGUGAUGCCUCAGGUAUCAGGAUUGGUACUGUGUUGACCCAAGAAGGGAAGCCCGUGGAGUAUUUUAGUGAAAAGCUAAGUGGCGCACCAUUGAAUUAUCCCACAUACGAUAAGAAAAUGUAUGCUUUGAUCCGGGCAUUGGAAACGUGGCAACAUUAUUUGUGGCCAAAAGAGUUUGUCAUCCAUUCGGACCAUAAAUCGCUCAAGCACAUCAAAGGCCAGCACAAGCUCAACAAAAGGCACGCAAAAUGGGUAGAAUUUCUUGAAUCCUUCCCUUAUGUUAUACGAUAUAAAAAAGGUAAGCUCUGUAUCUCUCAAAGUUUCGUGCGAGAGUUGCUUGUACUCGAGGCACAUGGUGGUGGCCUCAUGGGCCAUUUUGGCAUUGCAAAGACUUUGGCCAUGCUGCAAGAACACUUCUUUUGGCCACGGAUGAAAUGGGAUGUCGAGAAAAUAUGUUUGCGAUGUUUGGUUUGUAAGAAGGAAAAAUCAAAGGUUAACCCAUAUGGGCUGUACAUGCCUUUGCCUAUUCCCGAAGGGCCUUGGGUUGAUCUUUCAAUGGAUUUUAUCUUAGGUCUACCGCGAACUCGAACCGGAAAAGAUUCCAUUUUUGUUCUAGUAGAUCAAUUUUCAAAAAUGUCACAUUUUAUUGCUUGUUCAAAAAAUGAUGAUGCUGUUAAUAUUGCUAACCUUUUCUUUAAAGAAGUUGACAGGUUGCAUGGAAUUCCGAAGACGAUAGUGUCCGAUUGCGAUGCAAAAUUUCUUAGCCAUUUUUGGAGGACACUUUGGAGCAAGCUAGGCAUGAAGCUCUUAUUCUCCAUGACAUGUCAUCCCCAAACGGAUGGACGAACCGAGGUGGUGAACCGUGUUAAAGCUAAUAUCGAGGCUAGGACAGAGCAAUAUGUGCGCAAGGCCAACAAAGGGCAAAAACAAGUCAUAUUUGAACCCGAAGAUUGGGUGUGGGUUCAUAUGCGAAAAAAAAGGUUUCCGGCUCAGCGAAAGUCAAAGUUGUUACCGAGAGGAGAUGGACAGUUUCAAGUUUUGGAACGAAUAAAUGAUAAUUCUUAUAAACUUGAUCUCCCAGGUGACGAUUUGAAGGCAAAUCGCUUCGAAGAGAGGGGGAAUGAUACGACCACACCUCCCGAGUUGCCAGCUGCCAAUGUAGAUCCUUUCGAGUUGCCCGUAGGACUGAUUACCCGAGCUCGAGAAAAGAGAUUCAAAGACGCAACAAUAGCCUUAGUUAAUAGAGUUUGGGGUGAAACCGUUGCUGGACUUAUCGAAAGCUCUUGGAUCGAUGGUUAA